CAUUGAACAGCUGAUUUGUGUUUACAUUCUAACGCUUGCCAAAAACACAACAAAAUUGCAUUAUUUGCAUAAUAAAUAAAUUGCGAAAUAACAAUUAAAACGAAAUCUUAAGCGCAAUACGAAAAUGGUUUUCAAAUGCCAGGAGGAUAGCUUUUUGAAACAAUUUUUGACUACGGUUGUUUCAUGUGAGGAAGCUAAAUUGAAAGUUCCAUCCAAUGGAGACUCGGAGCCAAUUGAAUUGGAAGGUUACAAUGUGAUAUGUGAAGACACUAUACUAUUCCCUGAGGGCGGUGGACAACCCUGUGAUUAUGGUACAAUUAAUGGUCUACCCGUUCGCAGUGUUAUACGCCAAGGCAAAGAUGCUGUUCAUUUUGUUGAAACCUGUAAACGUUUUGAAGUUGGAUCUGAGGCUAGACAAGUUCUUGAUUGGGAAAGACGCCUUGAUCAUAUGCAACAACAUUCUGGCCAGCACUUAAUUACGGAAUUAUUUGAUAAGGAAUUUACUUACAAUACCACAUCCUGGUGGUUGGGAAGUGAGGUUUCCUACAUUGAACUGAACACGAAACACGUUAUUACCCGAGAGUCCCUAGAUGUUAUCGAAAAUAUGGCCAACGAUAUUAUAAGAGAGGGUAGACCGGUUAGUGUGGCAUUGAUUGAAGAGAGUGACUUGCAUGAGCUGAAGGGCUUAAGAGCUCCCAGAGGUCUACCCAAAGAUGUCGAGGGGCCUGUACGAGUUAUACGUAUUGAAGGCCAGCGUGAUAAUAUGUGUUGCGGUACCCAUGUCAACAAUCUAUCGCAAUUGCAAUGCGUCAAGCUGCUGUAUGCCGAGAAGAGCAAGAAUAGUGUUAAUGUUUAUUUUGUUGUUGGGCAACGAGUCCCCAAAGUAUUGGGACAAUGCUUUGAGAGGGAGCAACAGGUGACUUUGGCCUUGAAAGGUGGCCCACCACAACACGUCGAACUAAUUCAAAAGUUGCAAAACAACUUAAAGGCAACAAAGAAAUCGUUUCAAAAACUUCUAAAAGAUUUGGCUAUUAUGGAAGCUGAAAAAUUGGAAUCAUUGCCAAAACCCCUACCAAAAUACUAUAGCCUACACAAAAAGGAUGGAAUUGAACCAGAUUUUAUUAACACAUUUUUAAGAAAUGUCUCUGUGGAGGGUAUAUUGCUGUUUUUCCUUACCGUUUCGGAGCCAAGUGUCGGACGUCAACCCGGCAAAGGUCAUAUGGUUUUAAAGGGCGAUCCGGAAUUAGUAGAACAAUUUGGUCCAAAGUUUAUGGAAAUAUUGGAUGGUAAAGGUAAUGGUAAAGAGGGCAUGUAUCAGGGUAAAAUUAAUGACAGUGACAAGAUAAAAUUAUGCGAAGCUUUGUUGGAGAAACAUUUUGGAAAUGUCAACAAUACGGAAGUUAAAAAAGAACCAGCCCAAGGAUCGUAAAAGGGAGAAA